GGUUCACUUCCUGUAGGGACUGAAAACCAAGUGAGGAGAUGAAGGAUUGCACUGCACUACAACAGAGAAUAUGGAGAGGAUAGACACUGCAGAUGGAUCCUGACCAUCACCCAAGGAACAACUGCACAACUGUGGGAAAACAGCCAGUCCCUUCACAGCAUUGCUCAACACAGAGAAGGUUGGGCAGUGAAACUAUCAUCUGGAACUCGGUUGGAUCAGGGAAGCUUUGACAUAUCAUCAGAUCUGAAACUGGUCAGUGGUGUGGAGCUUUCCAUCAGAACCAACCUUUCCGAAGGUUCGGUUGUGGGUGAUCAGUCAGGGUGAGGCUGGGAAGAAGUGUGAGUGGCUCCAAGUGUGGAGAGAGCUUCAAUCAUUCAUUGAGCCUUAUGAACCACUAACUCAUUCUUACAGGUGAGAGGCUGUUCAAGUGUGAGGUGUUUGUGGAGGGCUGCACAGAAUCAUAUGAUUUUCGAAAAAGCAAGGUGCAUCUGUUGUACCAUCUGUAACAUGGGCAGCCACAUGGAAGAGAAACCAUUCAAGUGUGAGAUGUGUGAUCAAGCAUUCGCACGGUCAUCAACACUUGUGAAACACCAACGGAUUCAUACUGGGGAGAAACGGUUCAUGUGUGAGAUGUGCAACAAAAGCUUUGCAGAAUCAUCAGCCCUGCUGAAACACUGGCGUGUUCACACUCAGGAGAAGCCAUUCACAUGCGAGGUGUGCAACAAAUCAUUCUCAGAGUCAUCGACCCUCCGUGUACACCAACGCAUUCACACAGGGGAGAAUCCAUUCAAGUGUGAGGUGUGCGACAAAUCAUUCUCAUGGUCGUCAAAUCUCCGUAAACACCAACGCAUUCAUACAGGGGAGAAACCAUUCACGUGUGAGGUGUGCGACAAAGCAUUCUCACAGUCAUCAACACUCCGUGUACAUCACCGUAUUCACACAGGGGAGAAACCAUUCACGUGUGAGGUUUGUGACAAAUCAUUCUCGUGUUCAUCAGACCUCCGUACGCACCAGCGCACUCACUCUGGGGAGAAGCCUUUCAGCUGUGAGGUGUGUGAGAAAUCAUUCUCACAAUCAUCAACCCUCCGUGUACAUCAACGCACUCACACAGGGGAGAAACCAUUCAUGUGUGAGGUGUGUGACAAAUCAUAUUCACAGUUAACGAACCUCCGUGUACACCAACGCAUUCACACAGGUGAAAAACCGUUCACGUGUGAGGUGUGUGACAAAUCAUUCACGUGGUCAUCGGAUCUCCGUACACACCGACACAUUCACACAGGGGAGAAGCUGUUCACAUGCGAAUUGUGCAACAAAUCAUUGUCCAACUUAUCGACCCUGCGCAGACACAAACAUAUUCACACUGGGGAGAAGCAAUUCGGGUGCAAGGUGUGCAACAAAUCGUUCUCAAGAUCAUCGUACCUCCUGCUCCAUCAGAGGACUCACACAUUGGAUUCUCCCAUCGAUGGUGAUUACAAAGGCAUCUACAUGGAAGAGAAACCAUUCAAGUGUGAGGUUUGUUACAAAGCUUUUGUGACAUCUUCAAUCCUCCUGAUACACCAGAGGAUUCACACAGGGGAGAAACCCUUCAGGUGUGAUGUCUGUGAGGCAGCUUUCACCCAAUCCUCCAAUCUCCAAACUCACCAGAGGAUUCACACAGGGGUGAAGCCGUUCACGUGCUUGGUGUGUGACAAAUCAUUCUUGCAGUCAUCAGCCCUCCGCAGAUACCAACGCACUCACACGGGGGAGAAACCAUUCAGGUGUGAAUCAUGUGGCAAAUUAUUCUCAUGGUCAUCCACCCUCCUUGAACACCAACGCAUUCACACAGGGGAAAAACCAUUCAGGUGUGAGGGGGGUGGCAAAACAUUCACACGGUCAUUGGACCUCCGUGUCCACCAGCACAUUCACACAGGGGAGAAACCAUUCACAUGUGAGGUGUGUAACAAAUCAUUCUCUGAUUCAUCAGCCCUGUGGGAACACCAACGCAUUCACACAGGGGAGAAACCAUUCACCUGCGAGGUGUGUGACAAAUCAUUCACGCAGACAUCGACCCUCCGUGCACACCAACGCAUUCACAUAGGGAAGAAAACAUUCACAUGCAAGGUUUGUGACAAAUCAUUCUCGCAGUCUUGAACCCUCUGUGCACAUCAACAUAUUCAUGUGGAAAUAACCAUUCAAGUGUGAGGUGCCUGACAAAACCUUCAUAAAGUUUUCAAGUUCCUGUUCCAUCAGAAAGUUCACACAUGAGAGAAACCAUUCACGUGCGUUGCGUAUGACAAAUCAUUCUCAGACUCAAAAGAACAUAAGAACUAGGAGCAGAAAGUAGGCAAUUCCGCCCCUCGAGCC